GCAGAGUGCUACUCAACUACCUCUGUUGAACUGCAUAGGGAUCUGUGAGCUCUGUAACAGAGCUGCAUUGCUGUAGGGGGGUAAUCCCUCCUCGAGCAUGUGAUCUACUAAUGACUGUCACAUGCUGCAGCAGGAAGUGAGGUCUGCCAGUCCUUCGCUGUGUAAACACAGGCAAACACACAGCACAUAACAUCAAUCUCUAUUUCAUACCUUCAUGAAGUAAUGCACAGCACCCUCAGCCACUAGAUCAGGAAAGCCAGGAUCUGCUAUGUUCGGUAUUUUCAUUAAUAUCAAUGUUAUUUUUAAUAUAGACUUGUUUUUUUUCUUUUGUCUCCUGUAUUGUUGCCCAUUAAUCUGCUGUAGUGCAAUGUUGUUGCAUUUUUUUUGUCUCUUACAAUGUUUAUAUAUUGUUAUUAAUAUCUACAAUAUUUUAGUUGUUUACUAAUUAUGUAAUAUUAAUUAUAAUCAUAUUUUCAUUGUUUUUAUUAUAUUCAGAAGGCAUUGUAUCCUGGUAUCAAUUUACAUGGACACCACUAUCUGUUGGAGCAGAGAGCAGUAUCUAGUGUGGCCAGAUGAUAACCCAGAGAUAAUAAUGAUGUGAAGGCAUUUGCUUUAUUCCUUGCACUUAAGUAGAACUAGCACAAGCCAAGAAAAUGGUCCGACUAUACAACUGCCACCCAUACGGCUCCCAGCGGAUUGUGCCCACCAAGCAAGUGCCAGAGGUGUUCUGCUGUGGUGGAGACAGUGUGUUUGUAACCUGUGCUGGUGGAUGUAAAGUGGAAGUAUUCACCGUAUGUAAGGACUUAUGCCAGCCCCUAUGCAGCUUUAACACUCUGGGCAAAGUGCUUGACAUGAAGUAUUGCGAUAUUGGUAAGUUAGUAAAGCCAUUUGAAUAAGCAGCAGAAAAUAUAGGCCAGGUGAAGCAAUGUACAUAAUUUGUAAUUGCAAACUAGACGUUGCAGAUGCAGUCCUAUUUAGUAAACAAUGCACUUCUUUGGAUGUCUGCUGAUGCACAGUACACUGCCUGUAAUUACUCCUUAUUUGCCUUACUUACAUGCAGAUGUUUUUGUCCGCAGAGUGCUACAUAAUAUAACAGUGGUACUUUUUUUUGUUUGCCUGCAAAUGUGUAUAAUUGCAAAAGAGCUGUUUGUAUGUGGAGGGGUGUGCACCAAUAAGGAUUUUCUAUAAAAAGGGACAGUGUCCGUCCAUAAUUAUUUGUAAAGUAUUAAAGUAUUUCUUCUCUCAACCAGGAGAAUUUGAUGGCAGAUUUUAGAAUUCGUUUAAUUGGAGUCGUUUUCUAUUUAGACUAUUUUGACCCUAUAUAUGUAGGUUUCUUGCUAGUUCUUCACGUUUAUCUGUUUAGCAGAUAAGCAGCACAGCUAUUGUUGCUGUACAUUUAAUUAAAAUUAAGCAAUGAGGAUAAAGUGCAGACUGUCAGUCUUGUUUUGAUGGUAUAUACAUCCACAUUUACUAAUGUUUUGCUUUUUCCUUUGUAGUCCUUCCAUUUUUGGCAACUACGCAAAGUUCUAUAUUUGUUUAUAAGUUGUGCAGUGUUAAGACCUGCAGUGGUUAUGGUACUGCAGUCUUCUAUUCCUUUCCCAAUAGCUGAGCAUAAGUGAUUAUAACUGCAGUUAGGAGGUAGAGGAAUAGUGUAGAUGAAUGCAGCUACCAAGACGAUUCUCCCCAGCAAGUAGAAUAUUCCCCAAGCAUGAGCCUAGACUUCAUGAAGGGUGUAACAGGAAUGAUUUUUAUUGAGGCCACACUGACUUUUAUGAGAAUCCUCCUGCCAGAGGACCUCCCACAGUAAACAAAGACAAUAACCAAUCAGCAUACAGAUUCACAGUAACACCCGCCCUCUCUCUGCCUGGGAGAUAUUGAGAUAAGUUACGGAAUAACCCAAUUAUCUCCAGGCAGAGGGCACACAAUUUUCCCAAAAAUUAGAACACCCCUUUACACACAAGGUAUCCCCAGAAAUUAUCCCCUGAUAGCCCCGAUCUGGGGGACCAACAUAUUCAAAUUUCACCCAGAUCGGUUCAGGGGUUCUCAAAAAGUAUGGAAGUCAUAAGUUACUGACCACACAUGAGGCUCCUGCCCAAAACAGUUCCAUGAAUUCAGCGUGUGCGGUCGGUCAAUUCAGUAAAUGGCAUAAAAACGAAUAAAGUCCCGAAUGGAUCCUCCUGGCUCAUAGGAGCGAUUGCUCCUCUUGUUCGUAUGAACCAAACUACCGAAUGGCGCUCUCCUGGCUGUUCGGUAACUAAAGGAAGCAGGCGUUCGGUAGUUUCAGCGGUGGUUCGGGAGGUCGAGUGUCCGAUUUUAGUUCCAGACACUCGACGACCAAGUCCCGCUGCCUCCUUUCGUGCAAACAAGAUGGCCGCCAUUUUCUGUUCCAUGUGACAUUCUGCUAUACAAACGGAGAGCGCUUAAUAGAUGGUUCUUUUGAAGUUCAUGAGCCAGGAGGGUGGUCGGUGUUCGGUAGUUUUAAACUGCCGACCAGUAAAUCCAAAAUGAACAAAAGGGUGCAGAUAAGCACGAACACAGAAGAAAAUGCAGAACUCAGUCUAUUUUCUUCAUGUGCAGUAUUUUACUAUAUAUCUUUUUUUUAUUUAUUUUUUUAUGUAUUAUUUUGUUUGCUAAGAUUAUUUUCAUGCACAAGCAUUAACAAAAUUCUAAUUGUGGCAUUUGCAAAUGGAGGCUGUUGCCAUUUAGUAGAAGGCAUCAAUGUAAAAUUGGAACAUAUUGUUUAGACAUGGCAAAAACAUUAUUUGUGUCAAAAGCCGCUAUGCACAUUUUUGUAAGCAGGAUGAAAGGUGUCAUGAACAUUGUUGUGACCAGUGAUAUGUUGGACUGAAAAUGACCAAAGUAGCUAAUACUGUACAUUGCCUCUUGGAGAGAAAACACUAUUUUUAAUGGUCAAACAGACCAAGAACACUCAAGGAUUUAAGUAUUGAAUUUCUAAAGUGUAAUGUAAAGAGAAAACCAUCCUCAGAAUUCUAGAACAAACAUUUAUAGACCAAUAAACUGUGUAGACUUUUACCAAGGUGAAUGAACAAUGACUGUGUGUAAUUAGAAAGUGUACGCAAUCGUUCGCUCAGAUUCAUCCAAAUUCCUAAGAAAUGCGCUUAAAGGUACACUCCACUGCACCAUCCUCCCCACCCCAAAAAACAAAUCAUUGUUUUGUAGAUGCCUAAUGAAAAGAUGCAUGCAUUUGUUCAUGGGGGAGAGUGUUUGUUUUAUGUGUUUGGAGUGUUCCUUUAAAGCCAAGUCUGUACUUUAAAGGGAUACUGAAGUGGCAGGAAUACAAAGCUGUAUUCCUGGCACUACUGAUCCCUCUGUUUCCCCCUCCCUCGUGCCCCCUCCCCCUCGACGCUGGGUCAAAGCUCCGCACCCUCCUUGUAGUCCGCCACUGAGGGCAGAUUCAGAGCAGCAAUGUUUUACAUUGUAGCACUAGGUUCCAAAGGGACACAGCACCCAGACCACUUCAAUGAGCUGAAUUGGUCUGGGUGCCUAUAGUGUCCUUUAACCUCUCCCACAUUGAUUCCCUUUAAAUCUGAUCUGCAGGUACAGUGCAGAGACAAAGCACCAUAACAUAUUUAAAUGUCCAGAAUCUUAAAACCAUGCAUUUUAUCUUGCAUUUUUUUUUUCAUUUAGGGUAUAUCUCUCAUCUGUAGCCUUUGCAAACCUUUCCACCUUUCAUCUCCUUGAGAAUGUUUUCCUGGCACUGGAGAAUCCCUUUAACAAGGCUACUUAAAAUCACCAAUCUUGGCAAAUAAAUAUGGGGAUUCCGUUCCACCAUAUGGCCUCUAUGAGAAGACAUUAAUUGGCACAGUGUGAUGUUUUGACGCGGAUGUUCAAUAGUCUCUCAAUGCUUUUCUAUGGGUUAGCAUUGGAUUGGCUGAGAUCAUUAAGAUUAAUGAUCUCAGCCAUAGAGGUGGUUCCAGCCUCGCUGUCACCCAGCAUGGCGUGAGUAAAAACACCUUUUACAUGUGAUUGGAGGGCGGCAGGUCACCUAAAUAUAGACACUCAAUGACACACACUCCCUGGCAGACACAAACUCACUGACAGACAGACAUACACACUCACUGACAGACACACUUACUGAUUUGAGACACACACUGAUACAGCAAUACUCACACUCCCUCACAAAUGAUUACUUUUCUUAAAAUUUCAAUCAACCCAACCUUCCUACCUUUAGUAGAGCUGGAAUGGAUCAGCUUUCCUUGGGGUCCAGUGGGGUUGCUGUCAUCUCCCGUCUCCAGGACAGGACUAAUGAGAUAACACAGCAUCACUGGAGGACGAGGGAGCAGAGCAGGGAGAUUCCCCUUUUUUGUGCUCUAAUAUAGCUGUGUGUAAAUUUACUUUUUAAGGUUGUUUACAUCUCUAAAAAUAAUAAUAAUUUCCAGGGAGAAGUUUAUAAAAUAAUGGAUCCUUUUUUUUUUUUUUUUAAAUUGGCCAUGAUUUUCUUAACGUUCUACUUACUUGUUGGCUAUAUUAAUCAAAAUCACAAAUAAACACCAUAUGCAUUGACCUUAUGGCAAUUUUUAUUUUGUUUUUAAAUAGGGUUAUACUCUAAUAAUGUCACUUAUCUUCUGAUCAACCUUAUUUAAAGGGUCACUAUUGUCAGGAACACGAACACUAUAGUUUUAAAACCACAGUUUAGGUGUUUUGCCCCAUACCUCAGGUUAGAAUAUAAAUACAUUUAUGGAUCAGCUGUGGGACAACAGUGGGGAUCAAACCUGAUCCCACUGCCAUCCCACAGACUUGCAAAUGAAUAAUUUUGUUUUCAACCAAAAAUAAUGUUAUGAAUUAUGUUGCUGUAAGCACUUUUGACAUUUUAAAAUCUCUGUAAAAUUUAUGUAAUUGUAUACCUGUCUGUUACAUGCAGAUUGGUUUUAAGUAUAUUUUGCUCUAUUAUUGCAAUUGAACUUUUGUUUACAUCUCAACAUUUCUAUCCAUCAGGAGACUACUUGGUUACUAUUGAAUCAAAAAAUAACAUUUCUGCAUUGAGGACAUAUGUGAAUUGGCGAUGUCAGGCCACUGUAUCCUCCCGCAUCAGUGUGCGAAUGCUUGGAAUUAGGCUGGAGUCUUGUCAUUCUGGAUCAGCAAAGGAUCAGAUGGAAAUCAUAGAAAUGCCUCUUUCUGACCCUCCAUUAUCCCUUGCUUGCUGUCCCAUGCGUGGAGACCUUCUUGUUGGAUGCAGUUCUAAACUUAUCAUCUUCAGCUUAAAGUACAUGUCAAUCUGUGAUGUACCUGUGUUAGACUUUGAGCGUUCGCUGAUUUUACACAUUAUGGGUAUUAUUCCGACACACAUCACUUUUUGUGCUGGGUAUAUAGGCAUCUCUACAGACUUAGAAGUAUUGUUAAUUAAAUUAAUGCCUACACCAUCUGAAUCACCUGAAACUACAUCUCAAAAUCUAAAAGAACUGGAAACAGUAUCUGAAAAAGGUGAAUGAUAAUUUACACACUAAAUUUCUUUAUCUUCUUUGCCAUUUCUACUUAAGACAAGUCCUUUAGAGUUACGGCAAGCAUCAUAACAACUAUUACAUUACAGUUUAGUUUUAGUCAUUGUCUUUUGAAUAAAAAUCAGUUUUAGUCUUAUUUUAGUCAUCUGAAUUGUUUUAGUUGACUAGAAUCUGACUAAAAUUGUUAGUCGACAAAAUUAACACUGGCAAGAAGACUGUCUCACUGCUGGGGAAAUUAAAUUAAAUUUUUAAUUAAACUGUGGGCAUCCCUGUAUCUACAUUUAAAAUUUUUUUUUUUAUAUUUAAGAGUUUUAAAAAUUCUAAAAUUAAGUCAAUCAUCAUUGAGAACAGUGGGACUCCAGUUUUACAUGAUUGUACAGCUUUUUAGAGCAGAACGCUUUAAUAAACUCCCCCAAUGUUCUGAAGGCUGUUUUGGGUUUUUCACUAAACUGGAAGUCCUCUAAAAUUUAGUCAGGAAGUUUUGUAAUUUGUUUUUUAGCUUGAAUUGUCUUCUUCUCAGUUUUCCAUAAUUCCCAGAUAAGCUAAUGUUACAAAUAGUUAUUAAGCUCACCGGACUUUCACAGUGCACAAACAUUUUGCUAACUCUGUUUCAGAGCCUAAGAAUCCUCUUCCACUGCAGUCCCACCUGCGAGAACUGGAUGAUUUUGUAAUGUGUCAAAGGCCUGUGGAACUGGUAGGUGAGGAAUGUAAAUCCUGCAGCAUUUUAGUGACCCCAGAAUCAACCGGACUCUCCACAGACUUCACAAGACCUUCCCAAGUACAUCACGUACUGUACAGGUAAGCAAUAUGAUUUCCCAGCUAAAACAGAAGCGACUAUAUUUUGCCUUAAAAUAUGUAUGUACUCCAAGUGUUGCAAGCAGCAGCAUGUAACAUAACAAAUGUAUCACUUGUUAUAUUCUUAUGACAGAGUUUAUCUUCAUACAUACCCAUAUUAAAAAUUUUUGUUUUUAUCAGCUGUGCAUUUUGUUGUAGUGUAAGGGCUUUUUAACUCCUUAAGGAAACAUGACAUGUGUGACAUGUCAUGAUUCCCUUUUAUUCCAGAAGUGUGGUCCUUAAGGGGUUAAAUUUCUUAAACAACUUCAUAACCAAUCAACAUUUUCAUCAGUGUCACUCUUUGCUUGGUCAUACUCUCUCCCACCUUAAAUAUAUCUCUGUCUCGAGAUAUAUUUUUAAGUCGGAAAAUCAAGGAGUCACCAGAAAUCAUGGAAUUUCAAUAUUUCUUUGGAUUACAUCAUUUAAUUGAACUAAACCUCUAUUUUCUUCAUUUAGUUUCUUUAGAAGUAGUAGAGUAAGAAUCUAACUUCCUGGUUUUGUUUAUUUAAUCUUGAGGUGCACAAUGAUUUUCUCCAAAACUGCCACCAGAAAAUCUGGGUAGUAGUCCUUCCAAAAGUAGUUGUGGGCAGGCAUGUUUUGAUUUUCCUGUCUUUAGCCCUGCCACGGGCAAGUGCUAGAGCUACUAAGGGGUAUUUAGGGAUCAGCGCCAGGGCAGGUUGCUUGUGGCCUGCACCUCCUGUAGGUUCAGGCCACAGUAAUCUCUCCCUCACGUUCUGGUACUCCCCAAUAAAUCAGUGUGUAAACUAAGAAUCCAAGUUGCUGAGCUCUUACUUAUUGAGUGCCAGACUGUGGUCUGCACCUGCUGUCCUGCAUGACUGCGAGUGGCUAAGGACAAUUAUUUAGUGUUAAACCACUUAAAAAUCAUUUUACAUUGAAUAGUGGGACAGUGCCAGGGGACUCCACAUGCUAUAACCAAUUCAAUUAGAUGGAAUGGUUAGUUUCAUUAAAUAAUGCAGUUCCCAUCACAAAGCAUCAUAAUCUACUGUCCUUUCUUAAUUAAUGACCCAUGGUUUUUUUUCUAGGCGGUUUGCCCCAGACUUUUCCGAAGGACUAUCUGUUGAAAACACCAGAUUGCAUUCUUUGCAGCUGCUGCCCAUAUGUAAAACCGGUACGUAUAAAUUGUAAAUAAUAUACUAAUUGUCAGAUUUGUGCAAAACUGUCUGGAAUUCGAAGUCACUUUCAAAUGUAAGGCAAACAUACCUGAACUGGAAAAGUCUGUUAUGCUUUCAGUUCAGCUAUUCGGAAUUCCCAACAAUUCUUAAUUUAGUAAAUAACACUUUUAGUUUAUCAAGGAGUGCUAUUUAUGUAGAAAUGUGAACAAAUAUUCUCUUGCAGAGCAACAGCUUAUCAAAUAUUCGUUUUUGCUAUUUUCUAAACUGUAUUCCCUUUAAGUAUAUCAAUAUGUCCAACACAUUUUCAAUAUAUGUUAAUGAUGAUCCCUCCGUGACAAGUUUACUUUUUCUUUACAAAAUAUUUUUCUAUAACUGCUCUGUGACAUUGCUAUAUACUAUUCUCUGCAUCCUUGCUAUACAAAAUUGAACUUUUUAUCACAUUUUUUUGAAUAUGCCCAGGCUGGAUAUCACACAAUAAUUUGUUUUUUUCCUUUACUUUUUUGAAAAAAAAUAAAAAAAUAGGCUUCUUUAGUAAUUCCGAAGAAACCACUCCCCAAAAAGAACUGCUAAGCUUGUUUUGUUUCUUUUCAUUGCCACAUACCGGCUAUUUAUACACUGUGGCAAAUGAAGUCAAACAGAUAUCUGUCUAUCGGUACCCUGAAAGAUCUCAGCAGGCAGUAUUGACUCCACAGUUUCUCCAUGUCAUUACAAGGUACGUUGAAUCAUACAUUUAUUACUAUACCUUUUUAGAUGUCUCGAGUUAAAACCCUGUCAUGGGAUUUCAAGCUUAUAAUUGGAUAAGCAUUUAAUUUAAUAAAAUUUAUAUUUUCUCUUGAUUUUAUUUAGUUUCUUUAGAAGCAGAAGAGUAAGGAUCUAACUCCCUAACUAUGUUUUUAUUUAAUCUUGAGGUAAUCUUGCACAGCAGUUUUCUCCAAAACGGACACUAUAGAAACUCUGGGCUUUCCUCCCCAAUGUCUUUAGUUGCUAGUGGAACAGAAAGACCAGAGAUCAUUUGAAGUUAGAAAGUUGUCUGAUACAAGAUUGUGACCUGUUGCUGUUGGAAUAAUUAAGUGAUCCUUGCAAUUCCAGUUACAAGUGUCCUCUUGUUUGCAGUAACAACUUGCAGUGCUUCACUGUAAGAUGCAGUGCAGCUGCAGCCCGAGACGAAGACCCAUACAUUGAUACCACUAUGAAGGUAUAUUAUUUUAUUACUAUUUAAUGAUAAUUAAGCUGGUCUGCCAAUGGUUAUCUUUCUGUAUAUUUUCAUGGCAUUUUUGUUAAAAGGGCAAUUCGGACAACUACAUAACUGUAAUGCAUUUGAUAUUUUUUGUUUCUCAUUAACAUGCUGGAGUUUUUGCACAUAAAUAAAUAUUUUGCAGAAUGUUUCAUUGUGAGCCUGCCUCCAUAGCCAAGGCUCCAAUAUUCAAAAAAGAAGACUUAAUUAUCAGUGUAAGUAAACUUAUCCACCAUUAGCAGUGCUCUGGGCAAAGCAGUCUGCAUUACAAGGAGAGGACACCGAAGCAGACACUUAGUAAGCAGGCGAAUGUCCGGUGGGCCGCAAUAGCCAUUGCCUAAGGCUGACAGAGGAGAUCAAAGGACACAUAAAUAUUUUACAGCCCAACACAAUUUCUACAGUUGAGAGUUGUAGAAUAAUGCAAGUAUCCCUUUCUUAUCCCAUUCACGGGUUGUUUGGACUCUUAAUUGUAUGUUGUACUUGUGUAUUUGUUGUAGAGAAGGGGAAAAAAAACACACACUUCUCUUGAUGCAUUCUGAUUCAACUUUUUAUCAAAGUGACACUGCUGCCUUUUAUACCCAUAAAUAAAGAAUAGGUACCCGUUAUUGACAAAUGCCUUUGAUCAUAUUAAUAUUUGGUCUGUAACCAUGCAAAUAAAAGUGAAUAAGUAUUUGUGACUAUACCUGUUACAGCUCUUCUGUCUAACUAUCUCUUUGUUUCUAUUUCUUCACCCCCCCCCAGACUUGCCCGCCUGUAACACUUGAUGUUUGUACACUAAGAAUGCAGCUCUUCAUAGGACUUAAAGCCAUUGACCAUUUUAAAAACUAUAUUAUUAUCUUGACAAAAGCUGAUAUUGAGGAUGUGACAGUGAAAGGAAAAAGCCCCAAAACAAUGCAGUAAGUUGAUUGCAUUUAUUUUCUUAUAAUGACAAUUUUUUUUAAAUGUAUUUUUUAAUAAUUCUUUCUUUUUGAGUGCAUAGAUAUACAGAGAGACUUGCACAGCCACAAUAGCCUUUGCAAGCACAGAGUGUCACAUAAGGAACAUUUACAUGGCUUUGAUAAAGUUGCACAUUUUUGAAUAGUAAGAUUAAUACAGGCUAGAUAUGUUUGUCCAGGUAGUUAAACUGCUUUUGGAUUGCUUAGUUAGAUAGAUAAACUGGACAUGAGGAUUAUGUUAAGUAAAAGAGUAGACACGAGUAAUAGAAUAUGAGUAGUACCACUGGGUGAGGAAUUGCUUAAGGAUGUGGGUUGCAAAAGUAAACAAAAGGAGCAAAAAAAACUUAGACAAGACGGCAUGAUGGCUAUAAGAGCUCAUACAGCUAUGGUAGUUGAACACGCAGGAGAGUCCCGUAGGAACUGUAUGAGUGUCUUGGGUCGUAACUGAUUGUCAACCUACACCCAAGGUAGGAAAGCAUGAGUCCUUGGCAUGAAGGGUUAGAAAGGUAGCAGCCCCAGAGUUGCAACGCCUGGCCAUCCUUCCGCCCCGAGCCUGUGUGCAGGCCUGCAACCUCAAGCCACGGACUUGGGACUUUUCAUGGGCCAAGUCCUUACCCGCAAGGGUUAGAUGGGAGGUCCGGGUGGCUCGUCGCUGUCCUAUGCGAGUUGUUUUCCGUCCGUGUGGCUGGUGUUGUCGGGCUGUGCCCCUGUUAACUUUCAGCCCAGGGGAGACCGUAGCUAGUACCGUCUGUGCUUUCUUGAUGUGCGUGCUCGGCAGGGGCAUGUGCGCCGCCCAGCGUUCACCCGUCUAAUCCUCCUCUUGAUUUUAGUGCGGCAUAGCCCGUUGCUGUGCUUCUAGUGAGGCCCAGAAACUGUUGAAAACCUCAUCCGUUGCAUAAAAGGGAUAUUGGGGUCGGGAUGGUUCAAUCCGGUUUGCUGUGUUGCGAGCGUCUGCGCCAUCUUGCGUGGCCACACUGCAGGCAGGUGCCAUUUCCACUACUCGCGGUGGUGCUUUGUGCGAGCCAGUGGGGUCUGGAAAAACCCCCACUGGAUCAAAGGGGGAGGGGGGAACAGGACCACAAGGAGUACUGCUAUGACACUGGUUCAAGUGGAACGGGAGAUCUGCCGUCUAGGCGCUGGAACCUCCUUCAGAAUUGCAGGCUGUUAAUGCUCAGAGGUACCGCAACCAUGUCCGGGAUCAGGUAAGUCGCUGACAGAAGCUGUUAAAUCGCUUGGGUACCUGGUACACGGUAUUGUAGCUAGUUUAGGUCACGACCCCCGACAAUUUGUUUUUAGGGGCACUUGAAUGUAAAUUUAAAGCCAGUGGUGUCGUCUGCAAUUUAAAUGUGACCAAUGUCUGUCUGUCUAUUUGAUAAAUGCAUGUGCAUACAAGUAUUCCAUCACUUUAUAGCAUCUUACUGUAAAUUAAACUGUUUUUUUGGGGGUGGGUUUUUUGUCCUUUGAAUUGUAACCUGGAAAUGUAAUAUUUUAAAAAUAGUUGUUUAGUUCACCCUGCAACUUUCUAAACUUCAAUGAAACCUAAAAGGCAAGGGUGGAACAGCGCUACAAUAACUGAUCACAAGGGAGCUGCACACCCGAAUAGAAAGGUAAUCCUCAAAACCUUCAAGAAUAAAUCGAACAAACAAAACAAAUGAUACAGGUAGCGCCAAAAUAAAAACAAUAUUGUAGUAUGUAAUCAAAAGGUACCAAGUAAAAGAUAAAAAUGUCCUUUUGAUUUUUAAAAGUCUUCAAAUGUUGAAUAAGAUGUCUACGGAGUGGUGUCACACAUCAACAGCAUAUGCAAAAGAGAACAUAGGAGACCAAUAGUGCAGUAUUGUAAGUCUAUGGACUAUAGACAACACAGAACUAAAAAUUGAUCACUCAUGUUUUUUCAGAGCUAUAACAUGUUCUCGGUAAAACAGUUUACAGACGGCAGUUGUAGUGUAGAUUCUUAGUAAUGGGUAUUGUUAAAAAGCCAAGUAUCAAGUCCUACUGGAAUAAGCAACCAAUCCUGGCUUGGGGUUAUCCUGUAAUACAGUGUAUGAUAUCUAAAAGAGAAAGGAGAAAAAAAGGAGACAAUGAAAGUGCAGUAUGUCUUUAACACAGUGAAGAAGAGUGCUAUAACAAACUCACUCACAAUUUACAGAGCUACAAUGAGCUCUACUGUGUUGGAUGUAGACUGUACAUUUCCCGUCACUCGAUAUAUGUUCAGCUGCAGACUUUAUCAGUGUCUCAGAUAUGUGGAGACCAAAAAAUAUGAAUAUCCAGUAGUGCAAUUUGUAUAUCAAAGAGCUCUUUGUAGCUCUGUAAAUUGUGAGUGAGCUUUUGUUAUAGCACUCUACUUCAAUGUGUUAAGAGACAAUGAUUUUUUUUUCCUUCUUCCUCUUUGAGAUAUCAUACACUGUAUAACAGCCAAAGAUCCCAUAAAAAAGUACGUAUAUAUGAUCUAUAUGUGCAUUAUUGUAAUCUAUGCGCGAUUAUCUAUUUUUUUUAUUUGUUUCCCGUUUUGAUUCCUACGAGGUUUUAGGGAACCCUUGUAAGAUUGACUGCUGCCUUUAAGUAUAUAGUGAGCACCUAAUUUCUGUAUUUUUCUAAUAUAGCUCAAAUUCUAUGUUUUGUUUUUAGGUUUUGCUUAAAGGACCACAAUAGUGCCAGGAAAACAUACUUGUUUUCCUGGCUCUAUAGGGUCCUUGGGUCCCCCUCCUGCUGGGCUCUAGAGUGAGGAAGGGGUUAAUCCCUUACCUUUUUUCCAGCGCCGGGAUUCCUCGGUGCUGGGGACUCUCCUCCUCCUUUUAGCUGAAUGCGCAUGCAUGGCACGAGCUGCGCGCGCGUUCAGCCAGUCUCAUAGGAAAGCAUUCUCAAUGCUUUCCUAUGGACGCUGGCGUCUUCUCACUGUGAAAAUCACAGUGAGAAGCACCUCUAGCGGCUGUCAAUGAGACAGCCACUAGAGGCUGGAUUAACCCAUUUUUAAACAUAGCAGUUUCUCUGAAACUGCUAUGUUUACAGCAGAAAGUGUUAAUCCUAGAGGGACCUGGCACCCAGACCACCUCAUUAAGCUGAAGUGGUCUGGGUGCCUAUAGUGGUCCUUUAAGGACAAUUGCCUUUGUCCUUAAGCAAGCUGUAAAACAGAUUUUUUUUUAAAUUAAAUUAUUUUUUUUACCCAUAUCUCCCCCCUCUCACACUUGCUAAUAUCCUAAUAGAAAUUCUAUGAUAUUGUCAGGUUAUUCCUGGUGUGUUUUUGAUCUUGUAUUGUAAAAUAAGAUACUUUGAACAUACAUAAUAAAUUUUUUAACAUUUUUUUUUUACUUCCAUUUAGUUCGUGGAAAAGUGGAAGUGUUAAAAACAAGACCUCACCAGAAACUGGGCCUGGUUGGAACCUAUAUGUCGUGAGCACAAUGUCAACAAUCCAAAUCUACAAUGAACUGGUAUUCAGUAGUUUGUUUUUACUUGUGUUCAACUAUAUAUCACUAUCAAAACAUAUGUGUAGAAAUUUAUCUAUAUGAUUAUACCCUUUUUUAAUUUGACUCACAAAUGUUUUUCUGAACAAUAUUGACUAAGUAAGUGAACCGUAUAGGGUUUGUAUGUACACAAUGGGCAAGACGGUCAUACACAGUUAUGUGUAUAUUUGAAAAUUGAGCCUUUAUGGUUUAAGGACACCACUUGGGGGCCACCUGUUUUAAUGAAACUGGCAGGGCCACUUGAAGGUUAGGGACCGGAGCCAUUGCUGGCUGCAUAAAACACAUCCACCCAGAGCUGUGCUUGGCUAAUUUUAAACAGUGCAGCUCUCUGUCAUCUUGCUCUGUAAUAAUAGGUGACGACACAUCCAAUACAAAUACUUCAAUGACUUGAAACUCGCACACUGACCAUUACACAACAACUAUUUUACAUUCAUAAACAAAUAGGAAAGGAUAUAGGUGAGCACUUGUAAUCUAAGAAAUGCAAAAUAUAGAUCAAAAGUUAAUUUCACUUAAAAUAAUACUAUCCCGAAACACUGGACUGUUGGUUUUAUCCGUUCAUUGUAAACUAUUAGUUUUUUUUUUUUUUAGAAACUGUAAUGUUUGCAUUGCAGUGUGAAAUCCACCUCUAAUUGUUGUCUUCCUAACAGCCACUAGAAGCGCUUCUUCUUCCAGACUAAAACUCAGUCUGGGAAUCAAGUGCUGCUUAUAACUGCAUUUGAUUGGAGGAGUGUGCCAUUUUGCCAUGCAUGUGCAUCUCCAACCCAUUGCUUCUCUACCAAUAGCAUGCCUAUGUCUUCGAAGACAGAGUGGACGGCUGGAAAGAGGCCAGUAACGCAAACGAUGGACAGAAGGGAACUUCUGAAAUAAUUAUAAUUUUCAGAACUCUAAGAUCACUUUAAACUUAAAUACUGUAGUGAUUCAAAGAAACACCCUGCAUUCACAGACACUUUGUGCAUCCAGGCAUUAUCAGCCAAACUACUGAAUUCAUACACACUAAUGCAUGCAUGCGAUUGAGAUAACCAAAGAUUUAUAUGUAAAAAAUACAAUCUAUGAAGUGAUGAUUGGAAUUUUUUUUUUUUUUUUUUAAAUACAUGAGGAACAUUUACACAUGGAUGAAUGGAUGAAAAACAUGUCCUUUGUCAGCUUGGAAAUAUAGUGUAUAUCACCUUAAAGCUGAGAGUCAAAAUGUCAAUAUGAGAAACAUACCAGUAUCUUCUACCAGAUCGCUUUUUAUCACCUUAUGAAUAAGCUGGUUUGGCCACUGUUGGAGUAUUCCCACCAGUGGACUCAUAUUGGGACCAGUAGCAGUCACUCCUACUUGAAAUGAACAAUAGGAAUCAAUGCAAUGUCUAAAUCAAAUUAUCUGCAUGUGCUUUUCCUAGGUAGAGUAUAGCAGGAGAUAUGAUACGAUGAAGACCCAUGGCAGCAUUCACCUUCUGAGUGAAGCUCAUUUAUUGGUGAGGGCAUCUCUAAUGGCUCCAAAUGUACAUGAAAUGACAGAGAAGGCUGAACUGGUAGCAGCAUUCAGAGACAGCUGUGCAAGUCUAGGUCAGUGCUUCAGCAGGUAUGCAUUACCCGUGGGGUUUAUAUUGCCAUGCUCUAGAUUUUAACAAUUCAUAAUAUCUUUCCACAGUUGUAUGGAUAUUCAUUUUUACAAAGGAUAAAUAUAGCAAUGCACCUGGAAAACAGAUUCUGAAUCUCUCUUAAACUGGCACUUUCGACACACAAUUUAUUCUUGUCAAUACUGAAACCUAUAUGCAUUUAGACUGUAUGCAGUAUUUUAAUACCUUUAUAAUUUCUAAGAUACUUUAGAUAAACAAAUUUACUCUGUUAUCAAAAAUGUAUUUUCAAAAUGUAACAGAGUGUAUUCUUAAAUACAAUUUCUUCACAUUGCUUCAAUCACAUACAAUGCAUAGGUUUCUUUAAUUUAUUUUUUUAAAUCUAUUUUGUGUUUUAAGGUUAGACACCAAGCAUUCUCAUCUGGCUCUCCCUUACUUCAAGAUGUCUGGCUUGUCUGUAUCGAAAGUUAUACAGAGAGUUUUGUCCAAUGAAUUUUCUCUGGAUUAUGGGAAAGGAUUCAUGUUUUAUCUCAAGCAUACUCUCUUUGAGGAACUGGAUGAAGAGCUUAGUGAAGUAAGAACAUCCUUUUAUUUAUUUUUUAAAAUUUUUUAAAUGCAUAAAUAUACUUUUUAUCCUUACAUAUAACUUAUUGUGAGUUUACAGACUUAAUCCUGAUGUAUAAAUUCACCCACAUUAUAGAUUGUUUAUUUGACAGUUUGAAGUGACCAUAAACGCAUGUUUUAACUCUCUGUGAAUAUUAACACUAUUUACCCGGACCUCUCUCACUUACACCUGGCAUGUAAUAAAGUGGGGGACAUUCACCAUAAGCAGCAGACUGUACUCUAGCCAAUCAAGUAGGCUGUUCACAAUCUAUCAGAUCCUAAAAAGUCACUGAAAGCAAGGUGGUAAUUGAUGAUCCGUGACAUAAUAAGACAACAUGCUUCAUAUAUGUAUAAGAUAAAAUGUCUCUGUUUGUUACAUGAAAAUAAAACAUUUUUAUUUAGAUAUUUUAGCAUUGAGAGGCUACCUUGGUUUACUCAGAAAAAAUUGGAUACAUAUAACUUAUUGUGAGUUUACAGACUUAAUCCUGAUGUAUAAAUUCACCCACAUUAUAGAUUGUUUAUUUGACAGUUUGAAGUGACCAUAAACUCAUGUUUUAACUCUCUGUGAAUAUUUACACUAUUUACCCGGACCUCUCUCACUUACACCUGGCAUGUAAUAAAGUGGGGGACAUUCACCAUAGUCACUGAAAGCAAGGUGGUAAUAGUCACUGAAAGCAAGGUGGUAAUUGAUGAUCCGUGACAUAAUAAGACAACAUGCUUCAUAUAUGUAUAAGAUAAAAUGUCUCUGUUUGUUACAUGAAAAUAAAACAUUUUUAUUUAGAUAUUUUAGCAUUGAGAGGCUACCUUGGUUUACUCAGAAAAAAUUGGAUACAUAUAACUUAUUGUGAGUUUACAGACUUAAUCCUGAUGUAUAAAUUCACCCACAUUAUAGAUUGUUUAUUUGACAGUUUGAAGUGACCAUAAACUCAUGUUUUAACUCUCUGUGAAUAUUUACACUAUUUACCCGGACCUCUCUCACUUACACCUGGCAUGUAAUAAAGUGGGGGACAUUCACCAUAGUCACUGAAAGCAAGGUGGUAAUAGUCACUGAAAGCAAGGUGGUAAUUGAUGAUCCGUGACAUAAUAAGACAACAUGCUUCAUAUAUGUAUAAGAUAAAAUGUCUCUGUUUGUUACAUGAAAAUAAAACAUUUUUAUUUAGAUAUUUUAGCAUUGAGAGGCUACCUUGGUUUACUCAGAAAAAAUUGGAUACAUAUAACUUAUUGUGAGUUUACAGACUUAAUCCUGAUGUAUAAAUUCACCCACAUUAUAGAUUGUUUAUUUGACAGUUUGAAGUGACCAUAAACUCAUGUUUUAACUCUCUGUGAAUAUUUACACUAUUUACCCGGACCUCUCUCACUUACACCUGGCAUGUAAUAAAGUGGGGGACAUUCACCAUAGUCACUGAAAGCAAGGUGGUAAUAGUCACUGAAAGCAAGGUGGUAAUUGAUGAUCCGUGACAUAAUAAGACAACAUGCUUCAUAUAUGUAUAAGAUAAAAUGUCUCUGUUUGUUACAUGAAAAUAAAACAUUUUUAUUUAGAUAUUUUAGCAUUGAGAGGCUACCUCGGUUUACUCAGAAAAAACUGGAUACAUAUAACUUAUUGUGAGUUUACAGACUUAAUCCUGAUGUAUAAAUUCACCCACAUAGAGCUCAAAAUAAUGCCUAAACACAUGUUGGGGGGGGGAGUGUAGAUUAGCAUGUAUCUCUAAGGAUUAAAAUCUGUGAAACACUGCCCAGGCAGCAGCAUAAUAGUUUGAAUCUGUAAGUGUAGCAAAAGAUCUAAAUAAGAUGUUGUCAUUUAGAACAGAGAUUUGUAGGCUUUAGUAAAUUACCAUUUUGGGUAUGUCCUUUGUGGCAGUGCAUAAAUCAGUAUCUGCUCGGCUUACAUCCAGAAAAUAUCCUGUUCAGUCUUCAUUUAAAAAAAUGUCCAGAUAGUGUAGUAUUAAAAAUGGGGAUUUCCAUCUGGGAACUUACAAAGUAGAAUCCCCCUCCCACCCAAGUAAAGUAAUCAAUUGGCAUGUUAAGGUCUGUGUAGUUAAUUACUGGAAAACUUUACUUUUUGAGAGUUUUAAAAUUAAUUCAAUAUUUUUUUAUUUAUUUUUUCAGGACAUGGCUUUAAAAGUACUGCAGAUCUUUAGCAACCGUGAGCCAAGUCAUCUUCCCUAUGUUUUGUGCAGUUCCAGUAUGGCAAAUGUGUGUCCCAAGAAAGCAAUUGAUUGCCUGCGAAAGUUAGAAUCUAGUUCACCAUCGGCAUUAAUCUCCCUCACAAAGGCGUCCAUGGCAUUGCGCAUGCAGGAUGCUAAGACGUGUGAAAUUGAGAUACAGCGCCACCCAGAGGUGAGAAGUAUCUAACUUGUAAAGUGUGUAUGUAUGUAGUCAAUUGAAAAAGAAAGUACACCCUCUUUGAGUUCUAUGGUUUUACAUACCAGGACAUAACAAUCCUCUACUCCUUUGAAGGUAUUAAAACUUGCUAAAUACAACACCACAUAUGACUUAUUAUGAUUUAACAAAACAUAAAGCCAAAAUGGAGAAGAUGUGUUAAAAUCUAAGCACACCCUUACUGCUUAAAUAGGAAUUAAGAGGCUAAGUAGCUGAUAAUCAAAUACCCUUGAUUAGUUGAUUAAUCGAUCAUCCGCAAGUGUGAGGACAUAUAUAAAAGCCAAGGUUUACUGAUCUGGAGCAUUCAGAUGUGUGUUAACACAAUGCCAAGGAGGAAAUACAUCCUCAAUGAAUUUAGAGAAGCAAUUGUUGCUGCCUAUCAAACUGGGAUGAUUAUAAGGCAAUUUACAAAUUUAAAUUCCAUCAUUCUACAGUGAGAAAAGCUAUUCAAAAGUUGAAAACAUUCAAGACCGUUGCCAAUCUUCCCAGCAGAUUCGCCUAAAGGUCAGACUGCAAUGCUCAGAGAAAUUGCAAAAAACCCAAGAGAUACAUCUCAGACUUUACAGGUUUGAGUUAGCAUGCUGACCUCAUCUUUGCCUUAUCCUUGCCUGUACCUCGCUUUGGAUAUUCUCGGUUUAUUACUGCAUUCUUGGCUCUAUCUACUAAACCAUGACAUGUGGGACCUUAAGAGACCUGUGCAUAAAGAAAUGCACAUCUCAAUGAUCGAAGCACCAUUGUAAAGAAGAGUAGGCCAAAACCUCUCCACCAUGAUGUGAGAGACUGCUAAAGCAAUACAGAAAAUGAUUGCUUCAAAUUAUUGCCGCUAAAGGUGGUUCUACAAGCUAUUGAAACUUAAUUUUUUUUUUUUUUUUUUUUUUAAAUCAUGACACUGUGUGAUAAGUCGCUUGUUGUUCAUUUGAGGUUGUAUUUACCCAAUUUUAAGAUCUCCUAAGGAACCGAUGACUAUUAUGUCCUGAUAUAUAAAAUCAUGUAUCCACACUUUAAAAGGAAAGCUUUUCCUGUGAUCUAAAAAGCCAAUGAACAGAAACCGACCAGGUACUGAAUGAUGGGGGUUUUUUUUUUGUUUGUUUGUCUUUUUUUGGGUCCAAGAAAUUUCCAAGAAAUCAUGUUUGCACAAUUCUCCUUUUCAAUCCCAUUUUAAAAAUGGAAUGCUCCAUUUAACAAAUGAAGGGCUUUAUAGAGCUACAAAUACCAAAUUAUGUAGUAGGUUCUUAAGGGGUUAAACCCUUAACAGCCCAACUAGAUAAAUGCUGGCAGCUGAAUUCUGUGUGCUGUGUUAUGAAUCUUACUGACUGGUGAAUUGAAAAUUGUCUCUUGAAGCUAUGCUUGUGAUUCUAGAUUUUUGCAGAUAGAAUAUACUCUGAUUCUAUCUAGUCUCAGUUGAUGUGUUCCCAUGCUUCUGAUGAUGUUGCUACUAAUUCUAGUGUUGAGUCAAUAGGGGUUUUCAACACCAUAUCCUGGUUUGUAUUCUCUACAGAUGCUGUUACUAUGUGGCUUUGUGGAUGAACCAAGGUUGCUUAUGAGACACAGGAGUAAAGAAAUUAUUCCAACCCAGAUGGCGUAUCAUUUCAGAGACAUUCAACCUGGAUUACUGGUGGCUUCUGCAGUAGCUUUACAUGAAAAUAGCAAGAUUCGUCUGAAAAAUGCAGAGAUAUUUUUUAAGGUUCUAUUUGUAGUGUACAAAAAAAACAAACCCUGAAAAUUUCAUUGUGUUUAUAAAAUUACCAAUACCAAUCAGUAGGGGAUACUUGAAAAUGAGAGAAAUCUCAAUGUGUCCUUUCUGGUAAUUUUUUUUUUAUAAAUAAAUAAAAUAUAUCCCCAUAUACAUGUAUACGUGUUACUCUUAUGAUGGGUCCUGCCGUGAACUUUUCAUUCUUAAAUUCACAUACAAUAUCUGGCCCACUAUUUCUGCUGUAAGGCAAACAUUUCUUAGUAAAAUUACCCAUGCAUAUCUUCCUUGUAUACACAUAAAAAAUUAUUUGCGUAAUGUUUAUUUGGCUUGUGUUGUUUUUCAGGUGCUGUGUGAGAAGAUGGAUGAUGACGAGAACAUUCCCCAGAUGCUUGUAGAUUUUUGGGAAGCAUUACUUUCCACAUAUCCUACUGAGUCCAUCUUACAGGAUAUUCUUUUCAAAUUGUCUUCUCAUUAUGUGUGUAGAAUACGCGAUCUCCAACAACAUACUUGUGUGAAACCAUUAAAGAGCCCUGAAGAUCUGGUAAUUUUAGGUUUUUCCCCAGUUUGAGCUGAUUUUAGUGUAAUGCAUGGCAAUUAUCUUUAACGGAACACUCCAAUUAAAAGAUAUAUGUCCUUCUUAUGUUGGCAUUUUUGGAAAUGUGAACCUGUUAAAAUAAGAUAAACUCCCCUUAUUCAAUCACCAGGAGACUCUUCUUUUAGCAGCAUCAAUCCUUUUUGCAGCAUCAAUCAUUCUCUGUACUGAUAAGUUGUGUCCAAUCAGAAGCAUUUUAGGUACUAAUUGCCUGUCCAUGUUUAUUAUGUAAAACGUCUGAUUCCAAUAGAAAUCUGCACUUUUAUAAAUCUCCUUGGUAACACUUCCCAGCAGUCAAACAGACAGACAGAGGGUUUUCUGCCUUACUUGCUUUGUAUUAUAGUGCAAAGUGGAAGUAAGUUGUUUCUCUUUGAGAAGCACUGUUUUUAGUUCACAUGGUAUGCUACACAUGUUCGGUCAGUCCAAAUUAAGUGAUUGGACUGUUAAUUUAAAGUGAUGAUGUCUACUAGUUUAUUUUGUGUUGUAAGGGUUUGUAAUUUAGUAUAGGAGUGCAAAAAAUGUGUGUUAGAAAAAAGUUCAACAGGAAAAAAAGGAGAGGAGAUACAGCGCAAACUCCAAAGGCAGCAGAAUAGGGUCUGUUACUUGGAUACCCUAAUAAUCCAAGAGAAACUAGGAAAAAAAUACAGAAAUACUAGAUAAUCAUAUACAGACACAUAUGUACAAUAUUAUAUAUAAAAAUAUAGAGAUAUAACAAUAUUAAAGAGUCCCAGCAAAAAAAAGUAUUGUUUGGAGAUAAGAACCUUUUGAAGAUAGUGCUUUUUUGGAGGCCAUUCUGUUAUCCUUCUUUGUGUUCAAGUAGACAAAACUUUUGAGCUGAUGAGGAAUUCUGUUGUUGGUGUCUUGUAUGAAAUAAAACACAAAACCUACCAAUAGUGUAAUCCAGUGUAUACAAUGUCUUAGGUAAAGUUAAUAUAAAAUACACUCACAAAGAGAGAGCUCCCAAUCUGCUCUUAGAUAGGGUUCUGAGCAGUACAUUUAUCCCACUCAAGGAUAAAUAUGGAGCUGCCCCCUUUAGAUGUUCACAAUGUAAACUGCAUAUGAAUGGAAUAAAACAAGAUCUAGUGCUCACCGUUUUAAACAAUAGUACUUUAUAAAAAAUAUAUAAUAUGUACUCACAAUUUCAAGAGCACCUUUUGCACAAUGAUCUCAGCUUGGGUGGUAUGAUCCCCACCAAGGAUAUAUUUAGGUAGAUCUGGAGGUUCCUUUAGAUCAGGGGUCCUCAAACUUUUUAAACAGGGGGGGUUAUAGUCCGGUCCCUCAGACACUAUUGGGGGCCGGACUAUAAAAAAAUAUGAACGAAUUUCUGUGCACACUUAACACACACGCAUAAGGACAUAAAUACACACACACAUACCAACAUACAGACACAGACAUACAUACACACAUACAUACAGAUAAUACACAUAUUGACAUACAUGCAGACAGAAACAUACUGUCAUAUACACAUACAUAGUUAAAUACAUACAGAUACAUACAUACACACAGACUGAAAUACAUAAAUACACAUACAUGCAGAUACAUACACACAUACACAUACACACAUACAAACACAUACUGACAUACAUAAAUACUCACACACACAUACUGACAUACACACAUACUUACAUACACACACACACACUGACAUACAUACAUACAGACUAACAUACAUACAUACACACUGACAGACAUAUAUACAUACUGAUAUACAUACACAGCUAAUUUUGUUUACCUUUUUUUGCAGUAGGGUGGCUGUGGCUGAUAGGAGUCAGCGUGGCUCCCGUGGCCUGGCUUUCUUCCUUCCCGUGUGGAGGGAGCUGGGAGGAAGUGACCACCGGCUGCAAUAUUUUUUUUUUUUUUUUUUUUUUAAGGGUCUCGGUUGCGCUAUUGCAUAGCCGUAGCGCUGACCAGGCCCCUGGAGAUAUAGGGCCCAUUGGGUGGCCCUGAGUGCUUGGGCCGGGUCCAGGACCCUAAUGUAGCCCUAUUUAUAAGGCUUUAAGAUAAAUGAUCAUUGAAAUAUGACAUAAUGUAGGUCACAUGACCUUCAUUCACAUAUAUAUUGCAUUUAUCUUCUGAUUGCAUAUCAUAAAAAAGCUCAGUUGUCCAAACAUCUAUUUAAAACAUUGUGUAUGUGAUAAUACAGAAAAAUGUAGAAUGAUAAAUAGUAAAUAAAGUGUAUAAAAAAAAAAUCUGAAUUAUUUUACUGUUUUUAAAACUUGAUAAAUGAAGCUUGGUAAAUAAAAUGAAUAAAAUUAAAAUAUAAAUAUCAGAAAAAAAUAAAAUGAAAAAAGGGGAAUAUGUUAUAUUAAAGGAAAUUAUGCAGAUCAGAAUCUACAUUAACUCUUUCUGUCUGCAAUUUUUUUAAUUCAUAAACCCAAUUUAUCUCUGUUCUGCCUAAAAUUUUCUUACUAUCCCCUCCUUUCCAGGGUUUUUUACAUUUUCGUAUUUCAUAAGCUGUUAAAACUUUGGGAUCCUUAUGGUAAAUGAAAAAAUUAGAUUUUCAAAAUCUCUUAAAAUAUUUAUGCAAACUCGCUUAUUCUAACGUGUAAGUUCCUUUUAGUCACCCCUACGUAUUGAUAACCGCAAGGGCAUUCUAGCACAUACAUUUUUUUUUGUCUGUUAUAAAAUACUUAAUAAAUUAUUUUUUUGUAAUAUUAGAUGUAAAGGUAGUAAUUUUUUUCUGAGCUCAGUUAGUGUACCUAACUACUGCACAAUUUCUGCACCUAAAAAAAACGUUUUGAUCGGUUAAUGUGCCUGUGCAAUAUGCAAAUAAUGCAAUGUUACUGGGCUGUGGGUGCCAAGAGAAACUCUGGUUAUGUCAAUCUUUUCACAAAGUGCAAAGAAACUGCACUCAAAAAACUAUUUUUGCAAAAUAACCACUAAAAUACAUUUACUGUUGGUAUCUAAAACUUUGUAUUUAGUAAACAAGCUCUGCAUUCAGUGUCAGCAUAUUUAAUGUGAAUCUAUCUUUUCAUUCCAGAGAAAUUCCUGCAGCCAUUUUGGAAUAAUAAGCCCAUGGAUUUCAAGGCUGGUGUCCUCAGAGACUGCAUCUUGUCUUGAUUGUGGAGACCUGAUGAAAUUACAGGUAGAAUUAAAUGUCUGUUUUUAAAAUGGCAGCAGUGUUAAAGGAUCACUAUAGGGUCAGGAACACAAAUAUGUAUUCCUGAUCCUAUAGUGUUUAACCCACCAUUUAGGGCUUGCCCCCAUCCCCCUUUGCUCCCUCAUUAUGGGUUAAAACUCGCCUUAUUUUCAGCUCUUCACUGGUGCGUUGGCCCCGCCCCCUUGGUGACAUCAAAAUUGUCAGUUUUUAGCCAAUCCUAUGCUUUUCCAUGUCUAAAUAAUUGGAUUGGCUAAAAUCGGCCAGGGGGUGAGGCCAAACACAGUUUUGGCCAAUCAGGACCUCCUCCUCAUAGAGAUGGAUUGAAUCAAUGCAUCUCUAUGAGGAAAAUUCAGCGCCCGCAUGCAGAGGGUGGGGGCGCUGAACGACAGGGCUGCUUACUGUACAGGGGCACUUUUCUCUGAAAAGGCAGUGUUUACAUGAAAAUGCCUGAAGGGAGCUAUUCUACUCACCAGAACAACAACAUUAAGCUGUAGUUGUUCUGGGGACUAUAGUGUCCCUUUAAGUGUUGCAUAAAAUAUGAUUUGCAAAAGUGUGACUUAUUCAGGGUUCAAAGUGAACUGGAAGGAAAUGUUUACAUUUUAGGUAUGGGUUGACUGUUUUUUUUUUUUUUUUUUUAUUUCAGCUAUUUUGGCCUAUAAAUAGAAAUUCAAUUUGAUUUCCAUGCAAUUCACACUGCUCAAGGGGGUUAUAGGAUAUGUACAAUUAUGCCAGAUUAUUUUCAACUGAAAGCUGUGGUGUAGUAGUCACACAUGCAUUUCCUGAUGCCAUCACUUCAGUAGUUUCUUUAAUUAUAUAGUUUUUUUUCUAAACCAAGCUCCCAUGAGCAUGUUCCUUGCUUACUUGGUAGUUUCUGUGCACCUUUAUUUUUCUUUUUUUUUCUUUUGUAGAUGGGUAUGACUGAAAUGUACGCAUCUUUUGAACACCUGUAUACCAUUCAGUCUUUGAAACCAAUAAACAGGCCAGGAUGUUCAGUUUCUGCAGACAUUUCAAUAGCAUCUCUAUAAUGCACAAAAAAGUGUUUGUUUUAAUUCUUUCAUGUAUUGUUUGUUGUGCGGUUGUUGGACCAGACUUCUACUGUAUAAUUUAAUAAAAAUAAAAUGAAAAGUCCAGACUGCAGUUUGGCAGUUGAUUUUAUAUUGCUUGACUAUGCUUUUUUUUUCUUCUUUUUUUCUUCUAAAGCUCACACUUCUUGUAAUAUUGCUUUCUGGAAAAAAAAAAUGCAUUGAUGGUCAUGGCGCAUACCUGUCAUGGCGCACACACAAUUUUAGCAAAUAUAGAUUGGGAGAAAACAAAAUCUAAAAACCUAUCAAUCAAUUUGUUGACAUAGACUUUAAUGCCAGAGAACUGACUGACUUGUAGGACAAUCAAAUCCUUCUACUGGCAAUCAUCCUGCUACCUUGCACAGCAACACAGUAAAUGUUCUGUAGUGGCCGAGGUUACUAGCCUGCUCUUCUUCAGAAGAGAAGAAUUGAGUGAUUGAUGUCACUCUGUUCAGAUGAUGAUAAGCUUACAUUGAAUCCAAUGUAAAUACUGAACUAUGUUUGAUACAAGGGGGUGUAUAUAUAAAAGUGGGGUAGUCACUGUGAAUAUCCCAUUGAGUUCCAUGAGAAAUGUGCUGUAAAAUUGCCCUUUUAUAAAUGACCCCUGUAAUGGCCACUCACUGUGAAAUUUCUACUAGAUAUUCCAUUAUUGCAAUUUCCACUGCAAUUGAAGCAUCUUGUUUAUGUUUUGUUUUGCGUAGUCUCUGCUCUGUGGGCCAUCCAUGGAUAUUCCAUCAUUUCUUCCUCUAUUGAAGUUUAUCCCAGAAGAGCACAACUCUAAUUUAAGCAUUCACAUUAUAUGUGAAACACGCAUGAUGGAAUAUGAAAAUGCAAUAGAGAGACUUUUGGAUCGGUGUCCUGAAGCUGUUAUACAAUAUGCCAGACAUGAGAUAAAGAAUGGGAGCCAGGUAAUAGCUCUUGCUGUAUAAAUAUUUAGAUAACUUGAAAUUUAUAUUUGACAGUCCCUUGUGUAUUUUUAUAAAUUGUAAAAAAAAUGUUUAAGUAAACGUGUACAAUGAUAGGGUUGUUUACUUCUCAAAUAGAACAAUAUAUACACACAUUCACUACUGUAUAUAUAUUGAAGAAACUGUUACAAUCCAUUGUAUUUAGGUAUAAAAUUUGUGAUGACUUUACUUGAACAUGUACAAUCCAUAUAACUAAUAUUUAGCCCUACAAGUUUAGUUUCCAAAUAAUUAUAAGAAGUUGACAGACGAUGAAUCCUAUAAGUAAAUGAAAACUGCAAUGCACACUGCCUUAAAGGCUCAUUCUUUAUAACAUAAGUUAUCUGCAGAUGUAGUGGUUAUAGGGUCGUUAGGCUAUGGACACUGUUACACAGACCCUGGUCAAGACACCAGCUGCAGUCUGUGCUCAAGAGUUCUUCUUCGACUUAGCAAUAGCCAUUUCAUCGCCAUUUAGCUUCAAUUAUUGUCUGAGUGCAUUAGCUGUCUUGCUCAGCCAUCUGCAUAAAAAACAGAUUUUGCUAAUGCAGAGCUCCAUGAGACAGCCACUAGAGGAAUUGGAGGAAGGAUUAACCCAUUUGUAAACAUAGCAGUUUCUCUGAAACUGCUAUGUUUAUAAAAAAAAUGGGUUAAUCCUAGCUGGACCUGGCACCCAGACCACUUCAUUAAACUGGGUGCCUAGAGUGGUCUUUAAAUAAUGAUAAUCUGAAAUAGUAUUUAAAGCCCAGGUAUGUGCCAGGCUGUUUGGGCAUAUAAUCCAUGCCUGCUGGUCUAGCACACAGGAGGCUAAUUGCGAUAUAUUCUUUUUACUCUCCCCCCCUCCAUUCUUUUUAAUCCCCCCCUACAUUCUUUUUAAUCCCCCCUCCAUUCUUUUUUUAAUCCCCCUCCAUUCUUUUUUAAUCCCCCUCCAUUCUUUUAAUCUCCCCAUUCUUUUAAUCCCCAUUCUUUUUAAUCCCCCCCAUUCUUUCCCCCCUCCAUUCUUUUUAAUCCCCCCUCCAUUCUUUUUAAUCCCCCUCCAUUCUUUUUAAUCUCCCCCCAUUCUUUUUAAUCCCCCCAUUCUUUUUAAUCCCCCAUUCUUUUUAAUCCCCCCUCCAUUCUUUUUAAUCCCCCCUCAUUCUUUUUAAUCCCCCCCUCCAUUCUUUUUAAUCCCCCCCUCCAUUCUCCCCCAUUCUUUUUAAUCCCCCCUCCAUUCUUUUAAUCCCCACAAUUUUUACUCACUCCCCAAUUUUUGCUCCCCCCCCUCAAUUCUUUUUAAUCCCCAUUCUUUUUAAUCCCCCCUCCAUUCUUUUUAAUCCCCCCUCCAUUCUUUUUUAAUCCCCCUCCAUUCUUUUUUAAUCCCCCCCUCCAUUCUUUUAAUUCCCCUCCAUUCUUUUAAUCUCCCCCUCCAUUCUUUUUUAAUCCCCCCCUCCAUUCUUUUUAAUCCCCCCUCCAUUUUUUUUAAUCCCCCCCUCAUUUUUUACUCACCCUCCCAAUUUUUUAAUCCCCAUUCUUUUGAAUCCCCCUCCAUUCUUUUUAAUCCCCUCCAUUUUUUACUCCCCCUCCCCCACCCUCCAUUUUUUUUACUCUCCCCCCUCCCCCUCCCUCCAUUCUUUUUACUCCCCCCUCCCUCCUUCUCACCUCACCUUCCCUGUGCAGAGUGGGUGGCCGUGCUCCUCUUCGUCCUGUCAGUCCGGCCGGGUACCGCGCGGUACAGGAGAUUCAGUUACCUGUUCCCAGCCGGACUGAAAGGAAUUGAGCACUCAGUGUACACUUCCUUUCAGUCUGGCCGGGAACAGGUAACUGAAUCUCUUGUACCGCGCGGUACCCAGCCGGACUGAGAGGACGAAGAGGAGCUCGGCCAACCACUCUGCACAGGGAAGGGGAGGUAAGAGGCAGUGCGGCAGCCGUCUGAGCGCUCUCUAUAGAGUGCUCAGGCGGCUGCAGCACUAGCAUACCUGGCGCAUAAAAUGACCCCCACUUUGGAAAAGAUUUUCCAGGGGUAAAAAGUUGUCUUAUACGCCGGAAAAUACGGUAAGUAAAAUAAUCUUUUUAAAGUAAGGAGGGGGUAUCUAAAGAGUAUUUUACCAAUAUAGUGUCAGGAAUACAUGUUUGUAUUCCUGACAUUAGUGUUCCUUUAAUCCACAAAUGGCAAAUGAUUUUGGUAAACUAGAAAAAUGGUCAGAGUUGUGGCAACUGACAUUUAAUGUGGAUAAGUGCAAGAUAAUGCAUCUUGAACGUAAAAACCCAAGGGUAGAGUGCAGAAUAUUAGAUAAAGUCCUAACCUCAAUAUCUGAGAAAAGUGAUUUAGGGGUAAUUAUUUUUGAUGACUUAAAGGGAAACUCCAGGCACCCAGACCACUUCUGCCCAUUGGAGUGGUCUGGGUGCCAACUCCCACUACCUUUAACCCUGCACUUGUAAUUAUUGCAGUUUUUAUAAACUGCAAUAUUUAACUUGCGGGGGGAAGUCCUCCUCUAGUGGCUGUCUACUAGACAGCCACUAGAGGGACUUCCGUGUUCAUACGCUAUGUGAGGACCUCCAGUGUCGCCGAAAUCCCCUUAGGAAAGAAUUAAAUAAUGCUUUCCUAUGGGGAGGUCAGAAGCGCGCCGCACAUGCGCAUUAGUUCUCUCCUGCUGGCUGACGGCGGGGGAGGAGAGUAGGCGGAGCCUGACCAGUGCCCAGGGUUAUCAACGCUGGACCCCUUCAGCAAAUCGGGAUGAGAGGGAGAGGGGCACUCCAGGGUCCUGCAGUGCCAGAAAACAAAUGUUUUCCUGGCGCUGGAGAAUCCCUCUAAAGGUAGGCAGACAAUGUACUAUGAGUAUUGUACACAGUACUGGAGGCCAUAUCUACAGAAGGAUAUCGAUACUUUAGAGUGCGUUCAGAGAAGGACUACUAAACUGGUUCAUGGAUUGCAGGAUAAAACUUACAAGGAAAGGUUAAAGGAACUUAACAUGCAUAGCUUGGAGGAAAGACAAGACAGGGGGGAUAUGAUAGAAACAUUUAAAUACAUAAAGGGAAUCAGCACAGUAAAGGAGACUAAAUUUAACCCCUUUAUGACCAAUGACGGUUCAGGACUGUCAUCGGAAAAAUCCCCUUGAGGACCGAUGACGGUCCUGAACCAUCAUAACGGAAAUAUUUCACGCGAUCACCAUCGUUCCCCCGCCAGCGAUCAGCGUCUCCCGGUCUGGGGGGACUGCCUGACAGCCCAUGCAGUCCCCCCUCGGCGAAUUGGGGCCCUGUGUCCAUGUAAUCGCUUUAACAGAGCGGUCACUAGGCCGCAAUAGGCAUCCGUGAACUGACAGGCAGUCCGCCUGCUGGUGAAAAAAGUUUUAAAAAGUUAUAAUAAAGCAGUCACAGUAAAAAAAAAAAUAUAUAUAUAUUUAUAUAAGAUAUAUAUAUAUAUAUAUAUAUAUAUAUCAUAAUGUCAAAUACAUAUAUUAAUAUAAAAAUGCACUUAUAUAUACACAUGUGUAAUGUAAUUAUAAUAACUAUAUAUAUAUAUAUAUAUAUAUAUAUAUAUUGCAUAUAUUAUAAAAUAUAAAUAAGUAAAUAAAAAUAAUUAACAAAAAUAUAUAUGUAAUUUUAUUCUAACUGUAUUUUGAUAUUAAUAUAUAUUUAUAUCAAAACACACUUAGAAUGAAAUUAUAAAUAGCUAUGUAUAUAUAAACAAAUAAUAUAAUGCAAAAUAUAUAUAUAUAUAUAUAUAUAUACACAAAAUUACAUAAAUAAUUUCAUAAAUAUACACGUAGACUUCAAAUAUAUAAAUAUGUAUGUAUAUUUACAUUCUACGUGCAUAUUUAUGCAAUAUUUUUACAUAAUUAAGUAAUUUUAUUGUUUGCAAUUUGAGGGACCUGUCUGACAACCCAGGCAGAAAGUGCAGAGAAUUUAAUUUGCUAGCACUGUAUUUAACCCUGUAACUUUACAUGACACCCUAAAACCUAUACAUGGGGGAAGUACUGAUUUACUCUAAAGACUUCGCUGAAUACAAAUAUUAGUGUUUCAAAACAGUGAAAGUAGAAAAUAGAAAACGGUCCAGGCACUCUAGGAUACAAAAAGGCAAUUUUAUUGAACACACUGCCACUCACAACAUUUCGACCUGAAUGGUAUUUGUCAAGCUUGACAAAGACCGUUCAGGUCGAAACAUUGUGAGUGGCAGUGGGUUCAAUAAAUUUGCCUUUUUGUAUCCUGGAAUGCCUGGACCAUUUUCUAUUUUCUACCUAUUCAGGUGUUUGGUUCCUGGUACUGGGACUGGCCUAGCUGCACCCAGAGAUACAUAUUGUAUGGGGAUUGAGUGCAUUUCCACACCCUUGUUUUUUGGUCAUUGUCAGUGAAAGUGAAGUUUUUUGCAUUUUUCACACACAAACUGCACUUUUACUGACGAUAUCAUUGUUGUGAUCCGUUGUAAUGUUUUGUAGCCCGAGUAUAACAGUACUCCCCAAUUUACAGGUUUUAUAGUGUUUUUGUUACUGGCUCAAAUAUAAGGCUUGACUUUUUUUUUUUUUUUUUUUCUACAUUGAAAUUUGCCAGGUUGGGUAUGCCUUUGAGAGCGUAUGGUAGCUCAGGAAUGAGAAUUACCCCCAUGAUGGCAUACCAUUUGCAAAAGAAGACAACCCAAGGUAUUGCAAAUACCACAAACACUGGCCAAAGUUAGCAUUCAUAAUUGUGUUUUGCAUUUUUAAUAUACAAAUAUAAAUGCUAACUUUGGCUAGUGUUUGUGAUUAAGUGGCUACUAAACAAGACUGGAUAUACCACAUAUUGAAUACCCUGGGUUGUCUACUUUAAAGGAACACUAUAGUCACCUAAAUUACUUUAGCUAAAUAAAGCAGUUUUAGUGUAUAGAUCAUUCCCCUGCAAUUUCACUGCUCAAUUCACUGUCAUUUAGGAGUUAAAUCACUUUGUUUCUGUUUAUGCAGCCGUAGCCACACCUCCCCUGGCUAUAAUUGACAGAGCCUGCAUGAAAAAAAAAACUGGUUUCACUUUCAAACAGAUAUAAUUUACCUUCAAUAAUUGUAUCUCAAUCUCUAAAUUGAACUUUAAUCACAUACAGGAGGCUCUUGCAGGGUCUAGCAAGCUAUUAACAUAGCAGGGGAUAAGAAAUUAAACAGAACUUGCAAUAAAGAAAGCCUAAAUAGGGCUCUCUUUACAGGAAGUGUUUAUGGAAGGCUGUGCAAGUCACAUGCAGGGAGGUGUGACUAGGGUUCAUAAACAAAGGGAUUUAACUCCUAAAUGGCAAAAGAUUGAGCAGUGAGGCUGCAGGGGCAUGUUCUUUACACCAAAACUGCUUCAUUAAGCUAAAGUUGUUCAGGUGACUAUAGUGUCCCUUUAAAAAAAAUAUGUACAUGUGGGGUGUGAUUCAGAGAUUUAUGACAGAUAACAGUGUUACAAUGUCACUAUUGAUACAUUUUAAAAAUAUAUAUAUUUUGAAACCGCAAUUUCCUAUUCGUACUUAUAGCCCUAUAACUUGAAAAAAAAGCCUGUAAACUCAGGACAAAAUUUUGAAUCUAUUUAGCAGGUUUUUUUUUUUCAUUAGCUUUUGUAGAUAAGUAAAAGCUUUUUCAAGUAAAAGUCAAAAAUAUGUUUGUUUUUUGGUUUUUUUCCCACCAUAUUUUAUUAUUGUUUUUAAAGUAAAUUAUAUGACAUGAUACAAAUAAUGGUAUGUAAAGAAAGCCCUUCUUGUCCUGAUAAAAACAAUAUAUAAUUUGUAUGGGAACGGUAAAUGAGAGAGAAAAAAAUUACAGCUAAACACAAACACCACAAAAGUGUUUAAAACAGCCCUUGUCCUUAACGUACAACAUGGCCAAAACAGUCCAGUCCUGAAGGGGUUAAAAGAAGAAAAACUACCACAACAAGAGGACAUAGUCUUAAAUUAGAGGGGCAAAGGUUUAAAAAUAUCAGGAAUUAUUACUUUACUUAGAGGGUAGUGGAUGCAUGGUAUAGCCUUCCAGCUGAAGUGGUAAAGGUUAACACGGUGAGGGAGUUUAAGCAUGCGUGGGAUAGGCAUAAGGCUAUCCUAACUAUAAGAUAAGGCCAGGGACUAAUAAAAGUAUUUAGAAAAUUGGGCAGACUAGAUGGGCCGAAUGGUUCUUAUCUCCCGUCACAUUCUAUGUUUAAGUAAAAAAAUAAAUAAAAUUAAAAUCAGAAUUUGGAACAUUUCUCCAUUUGGCUAUUCUGUACUGAUAUUUGCAACUCCGUUAUAUGUUUUUCACAGUUCCCACCUUAGUGAUUAGACUAAACAAAGUAUAAUUUUCCCAUAUUACAACAUGACUGAAUCUGAUAUACAAGAGUGGCUAAUGUAAUUAAUUAUAAGAGUGGCUUUGGAAUAAGUUGCAAAUGUGAAUAUUUUAAUAAUUCUGGAAUAAGUUGCAAGUUGUGUGUGUGGGGGGGGGUGGGGAAUAAAUUUUGAACUCUCACUAUGCUAAUUAUGUUUUGUUUACUGCCGGGAUAGGCUCUCUGGUGGAAGAAGUUGCUUCCUGAACUGUGUCAUCGAAUCAGGCAGAGUGAAAGUGAAAACAAAACCUUAAUCGCCUCUUUAAGAGGUAAGGCAUUUUCAUGGUGUGACUGUGUGAAAUCACUGUACUGUCGGUUUAUGAAUACAGCACUCUUCUUUAGUGUUUCUAUCUAAUGUUCUAACAUGUAUGUUAACUAUUUAGUGAUAUCAACCCUCAUGUUGGUGUUUUCUGAGAUUUUGCUCUGAACUCAGAUUCUUGAGUGGCCUACCCUGUUCUCAUAGCAUCAUUGUACAUUCUCAGUGAUUAUAGAAUUAGCAGUAGCUACAUAUUAACAGAAGUACGAAAUGCCUAAGUCCUGAACUGUUGGGUUUGCAUUGAAGACUGGUUGGAGAUCCACUUUUUUGAGCCCUGUGCCCGCCACAAAAUACAUGUCACGCAUAGAAAUUUAUACACUUGAUUUUGCAGCAUAAUUAUAAAAUCUAUAAUUAACCUGCCACAAACUGGGAAAUAUCACACCUUCAUAUUUACAUUUGAUUUUGUUACUAUAUAGUACAACAGCUAUGGUCUUCUAAGUAACAUGUGGAAUGCCACACUUCACUGUAACACACUCCUGAUCAUUCUUGGAAAAACAGAUCCUAACAAACUUUCUUAAAAUUUAUGGAAAUAUAUUUUGAUGCGGUUUCUUGCUGCCUCUUGUGGAUUUUGCAUCUGCAUUUUAUGCAGCUACCUUGAUAUAACCGUAAAGAUGAUUCUUGAUUACUAAGAUUGUGUUUGUCUUGUAGACACUCUGGAGGUGAUCAGCGUGGAGCUUGAGCUGCAGGACUUCCUGAAUGUGCUGCCUGAUGAUGGAACUGCUGUGUUUUUCCUGCCUUAUCUUCUAAACCAAAGAAAGCUGGAAAUUUAAUUAAUAUGAUCGCUAAUUUACACAAUCAUCCCAAGUUUGGAAUGUGCAGUGAAUAAAACCUCCUCUGUGACUUUUUUUGUUGUCUUUAUUUUACAGAGAUCCAGCUUUCUUCUGCAGAAGAAAAAUGCUCUCCUCCCUUCCCAUAUUAGAUAAUGGUUAGAAGAACAAUUCUCUUGACAUGACUUUUGUAUGCUCUACAAGUAUCGUUGUAUGUAGUCUACUAAUCAGGACUAGCUUUUAAUACUGUAUUUAAAAAAAAAAAAAAUCUAAGAAAAAAAAAGCUAGAAAAAUGAAGUGUAUUGUUUUAGGCCAUGCAGGAUAUUUAAUUCUAAAAUAUUUUAAGAUUUUGACAGUUGCUCAAUCAAUUUUCCAAUUGUUCCUUUAUUUUCUGUAAAGUGAAACAGGAGAAAAGUAUUACUUAUUAUUGAACUUAAAUGGUGGUAAAAUAAUUUUAUAUAAUUCUCUGAAAAAAAGUUAACUGCAAUAUGUAUUUAACGCUAUCCCAUCAACGACACGAAUCAAUAUGUGCUAGUUUGCUAACGGGAAACUCUAAGCACCAUAACCACUACCGUUUAGAGUAAUGGUUCUAUUCACUCAGUAUCUGGGAGCCAUUCCUGCUUUAUGCCACGCUUUUAAAAUUAAAGAAUAAAAUAUCAAAAGAGUGUAUGUUCUGUAACCCCACAACUCUGGACUCCAACCAAGGAAGUCUUAUAUGCACAGAAAACAAAAUUGCGUAGGUGAAACCACAGGGUGAACAAAAAAGAAGAAAAUCAAUUCCAGGGCAGUAAAAGGGUCAACUCACAAUAGCAAAUUUAGUCAUCAAACAGGGUGCCUACUCAUAAGCAAUUUGACUACAAGACUUCUCAAUGAGACAGUGUCCAGGACAGACAACAUAUGCUACAUAAAAAGGGGAAGGUUUUUAGUAGUUACAGAAAGUAGUUCUGCAACUUAUGUAACCUAGAUCUUUCAAACCUCAAAAAAAAUAUUAAAUGCAUAUUUAUUUAUAUUUUUGAGGGAGGGAGGGGUUACAUCUACUUAAUGGUUUGAAUUCUUAUAUGUAUGCCCAUUAUCCAAACACUUUCACUAAUCCUUAACCCCUAUGCUAACUUCAACGUUAGAAAACUACCCUAACUUUUAAAUAUCAUAAAAUAUAUCAAAUAGCUACUGGAACUCACUCUGAUUUCUCAAGUGUAUGUCCCAGACCUGCACUAACAUGAAUCUUUUCUUAACCCCUGCAUUAAAUGAACACACUUAUUCUUAACCAGUGUGCUCAUACACAUAUACACAAUAUAUAAGGGGGGUGGGGGAGAGGUUACUGAGCAUACAGCACACUUUCUACAUGUUGUCAGUCAUUGCAGUGGUGCACAGUGAGACUGUGGCAGAGGUUGGGGCUAUGUAGUCCCCUCUGCCUAGUCUGUCAUUGAAGUUGCAAGCUCUAUGCAGUAAGCGCAGAGGGCAUGAAUAAGACAUUCAGUCUUAUCUCUACCUCUGUGGGUCUCACUGCACAUCACUCACAGCAUCAGCGACAGACCCGGGCAGAGGAGUAUACAGAGUCUAAUCCUCUACCUUAGUCCUGAUCGCCGAUGUGGCAAUACAGGUAAGGGGGUAAGAGACACACAAGGGGUAAAGGACAUGUGGAUUAAGAUGGGACUGGGUGACACAAAAGUAGUAAGUGGGAAUAAGAGACAAAUAUACUGCUCGAUACUACUCUGUAUAUUGUACAAGUACAAAGCUUGCACACAUCUGUUUGAAAACAUAUUGUUCAUUAUUACCUAUGGACAAGUAAUUUAAAGGGACACUGUAGUCACCAAAACAACUUUAGUUUAAUGAAGCAGUUUUGGUGUAUAGAUUAUGCCCCUGCAGUCUUACUGCUCAAUUCUGUGCCACUUAGGAGUUAAAUCACUUUGUUUGUGCAGCCCAAGGCACACCUCCCUGCAUGUGACUUACAUAGCCAUUCUAAACACUUCCUGCAAAGAGUCAUCUAACGUUUACACUUCCUUUAUUGCAAAUUCUGUUUAAUUUAGAUUUUUAUAUCUCCUAUUUUGUUAAUAGUUUGAUAGACCCUGCACUUGCCUCCUGUGUGUGAUUUAUAGUACAUUUUAGCAGAGGAGGAGAUAAGUAAGUUACAUCUGAUAGAAAGUGAAACCAUCUUUUUUUUUUUUUUUUUUCAUGCAGGCUGUGUCAGUCACAGCUGCACAAAGGUGUGGCUAGUGUUGCAUAAACAAACAAAAUUGAUUUAACUCCUAAAUGCCAGAGAAUUCAGAUGCAUGAUCUAUACACAAAAACUGCUUCAUAAAGCUAAAAAGUUACUUUGGUGACUAUAGUGUCCCUUUAAUUGGGGAAGUACCCUUACAUACACAUAGUAGUCGUACAGUGCAGACAAACUGGUUUGUUAUGAAUUCCUUGAUAUAUGUUCAAACUGCAUUUUUGUGUAAUAUACACUAAUUGUGCAAUUCCGUUUCAAAGUUUUGUAAAUAACUCUACAUAUUUUAUUAGGUGCAAAUGUAUUUUUUAUUUUUUUAUUUUUAUGUCUAAAUGUCUGUCGAUGCAUUCAUGAUUUUUAUUCUAUUCUUGUUAUCUCUUACCUUCCAGUACAGUGUACGUUAUCUCCAUUCCUGCGGUCAUGUGGUCUGCCACAUGACAAUGCAGCAGCCAAGUGCCAGGAACAACUGCAAUCAUUUCAACAGUUUGAAAUGUCCCAGGGAAAAGCCCAAACACGUCAUUCUGAUACAUGUAACCUCUCUGGUGGAUAAAACGAAAAACAGUGUGGCCGCAAAGAGUAAAUAGUUAUGGAUCAACAUUGUGUUAAAGAGUUACAAUAAUCAUUUUGAGAGUGCAAGCGUGUCUGAAGAUGCGCUCGUGCUGUGCUCAUGGGGACAGUUCCCUGCUUUCAUCAGAUACAAAACACCAGGUAACAAAAUCAGGAUGGUGGGUCUGUCCUACUGAAAUUGGGUCAACGGGUAUUCAUUGAGAAAAGUUUAUACUACUGCUCCCUCUGUUACCAAUUAAAUGUGUCCAUUUUCUUUGUAUCUCUUUUUGUAAUAUAUUUACUAGAAAUGUAUUUUUACUCAAGUCCAUUAACUGGCUAAUAUGCUGAAUGAUCAAUGCUAUCAUCUUCAUUUGUGUAGGAGCGUCAGAUGUUUUUCAAAACUCCUGUAAGAACAAAAUAGUCACCUGGUACAUAUUAAUGCUCUAGAGAAGACAGCUGCAUUUCUGUCUUCCAUUUUGUAUUUUUUUGACAAAUCAUGUGAAUAGAAAAAAUGGUUACCUUAUACUGAAAGCUGUGUGCGUGGAAAUGCACUGUGUGCAGAUCCACUUUGUUUCCCAUUCCGAUCAAGUACCAAGUGAUAUGAUCUCCAACUUGCAUUGUGAGGCCGUGUAAAUUUGCAUACAAUUUUCCAUUUACACCUGGAAUAAAGUUAUUUAUAUUUCCGCUUGGUCACAACAACUCUUAUGGUUGUGCAUAUAUUAUGUGGUGUAUAUAUGAUAAUUCUACUUUUCUGGUGUAAAUUCAACACUAGUGAGACUAGGCAUAUGUUCCUACUAGGCAAGUACCACAAGUCAAACGAACCCUAUCAGUGCCACAGUAGAGAGCACCGGGAUUCAUCAUUAGAGAUGCUGUCCCCUGUGGCACUGAACGUUAAAGGGACACUGUAGUCACUACAACAACAACAGCUUAAUGAAGUGGUUCUGGUGUCUACAGCCUGUCCCUGCAGACUUUUUAAUGUAAAGCUGCCUUUUCAGUGAAGUGUGCAGCACUGAUGUUCAGCGUCUCCAGGCUCCGGAUGAUUCAACGCACCUCUAUUAGGAGAUGCUAAUUGGGGCAGCACUGCGGUUUGCUGCACAUGUGCAAUAGACUCCCAAUGCUUUCCUAUGGAAAAGCAUUGGAUUGGCUGAGAUUGUCAAGUUUGAUGAUCUCAGUCAAUGUGGUAAAGGUGGGGCCAGCUCCAAAGAAACCUGCACGGAGCUGCAAGAAGGUGAGUAAAAUCACUUUUUACUUUCCUGACAGGGGGGCCUGAUACCUAAACAUUGCUUUCAGACCUAUAAUGACAGGAAUACAUGUUUGUAUUCCUGUCACUAUAGUGUUCCUUUAAAUAAGUUGUACAUGCUGAGCGGCGUGUAAUAACAGUGAGCCCAACAGCCAAUAUGCACUCUCCAAUAGAAAAAAAAAAAAGUAAAACGCCUGGCAUCUCCCUGGACCACAGUAAUACCCGGUGAGUUUCUAUGAGUGGCCAGUGUGCUGUGAGGUGAAGAAGAAAAUGUUAAUGUGGACACAGGAAAUGCCCAGUCUCCUGGGCCCAAAAGGAUUUAUUCCAUUAAAGAUUAACCACAUCUAGUUAAUUUCUUGGGCACUUAAAUUGACGACUCCCUCCUCCCAGAUGGCUAAGGGUCCCCAAUCGGAGUCAUUUUAUCAAUGGAUAAUAUUAGAACAAAGUGACUCUUCCAACGAAGGACCUACCAUGCAUUUUAUUGCUUUCAAUAAAAUCUUCAUCUUCUUUAUUGACGCUGUUGGGAACCUUGGAAAAUGUUUGAAUGUUUUCAUCCAGGUACCAGGAUUGGUUUUCAUCAAAAAUCAUAAAAAGCAGUGGGAAUUCUAAAUGUGACCUUUCCAGAGGUUGAUCGUUGAAAGAUGACUGCUUGCAAAUCAGAAGAGCACCAAUCAAACCACUAUACAUAUCCUGAGAAUGAACAAAAACUACAUUUUGUUAUUGAAAAUGGUAUAAAAAAAAUCAGCAUUUCUUCCUUACACUUACUUUAAGAAUUGAUUGCAAUUUUUUUAAAACUAACACUUUAUCAAAAUAAAU